GUUAAAUCGUUGUACAUGAGAAUAUUUUUUAAGUUUAGUGCGAGAACUGUAGGCACAGUUUGAUAGUUACUGAGAUUGUUCCGUAUUAACGUAUCCCGACCAAUAUCCAAAUACUUUACACUAUUCGUCCACUCCUAAAGUCUACUGCAAUAUGAAUUUUCGUUCCCGUACUUGUAUAGUAGUUACCACGUUAACAGUAGGUAUUGUUAUAAUGAUUGGGAUAUCUUGUGUCCUGUACAAGCAUGAAGCGGAUAAGAAACAAACAGAAAAUAUUGAAACAACUAAAACCGAACAAAAUGUGACUAAAAUCAUUGAAGAAGAUCAAACAAACAUCGACGAGAAUGUUGAAGAGGACAACUCAGAUACAGGGGAAUCUUCCGCAACCCUUGAGAACUACAAACCUCUACCAGAUGACUUCAAGAGAAUUACUAACUGGAGCCAGUUCUCCAGCCCUGAUGGAGUAUUAUCUGCAGCUGGGGCUGACUUCCACAACGAUAGGGGCUGUCGUCGUGUUGUGGUGUUCAUAGCUAGAGGAGUCCUCCUAGGACAUAUCCUGACUGACUGUGACUCCCUAGAACCCUCCAUGGGUCUGGUGAUGGUGGACGACACUCUGCUCUACUACGGGAGUGCGAUGAUGAAACAAGGCCCACUAAAGGAUAUGUUUACGAUUUUUGAAAAGUUACUUGCAUUGCCCAAGUGUGUUAUUACUGAAUACACUCUAACUGAGGAAGAAAGGCCCUCGCUUAAAGAUAAAUCUGAAAACAAAACUGUUAAUGAAAACGACGACUAUGAGUGUAAAAGCUUAAUAAACUUCAAAAUGCCAACAAUGCUUCUUUUGUCCGGGAACGGAGCGACGGGGACGUUCGCUCCUGGUAGAUUCUGGGCGACCAUCAACCCCUGGGAGCCUUUAGGGGUGGUGACAAGGAUCUUUACUUAUGGAUCGAGGUGUUUCCGUCUUCUAGUCAUAACCAGCUAUGGUCGAAGUUUAACUGCUGUGAAGGUAUCUUGCGGACCUUUAGAGAACAUGGUUGUGACACAAGAUGCUUUAUACUUCGGAGAUGCUUUUGUGAUCAGACGAAUCCAGUCGGACACCUUUUCCGUCGUUUUAAACCCUAAGUGGAGAAGAAAUUGCUUAAAGAAGACCAUUUAUUUCACAACUCAGAACGGCCGUCCGACCGUGAUGCUCAAAUCAAUGGAAAACUUACGUCAUGAUAGCCAAGAAUGCACCAGUGUCGUGAACGGAGAAAUAUCUGGAGCAACUAUAGGAAAUGAUGCUGUGGAAGGACUUGUUGAGAGGCUCAACUUUAACAACUUGGGUGUCGAACCACUUGGACAUUUGAUGAAUAACUUCACACCAUGGAGUCGCCUAAGUUAUAUAAACCUCUCCGUGGACCUUGGAGUAGCUGUGAGGUUUUACAAGAGCAAUGUGGGGGUCGAUGUCUACAAGCUGGUCUUGGCGAUCGCUAAGGGAGUUCCACUGACAGCUCAACUAUUGCCCUUUAGUCCCGUCCAUCGUCUAGUGAUUAGAGAGGAUGUCUUGUACUAUAACACAACUUUGAUGAUGAGGAGGGCCAAAGAGGACAACACGUUCACAACAUACGUCAUAGUUAACGACGUAGGGUGUCUAAAAAGGUCGUUCUUGUUGAAGAACGAAAAUGGACGGUUUGUGAAAGAAACACUGCAAUCCGGAGUAGUUACUAAAAAUUCGGACGAUGACUGCAUGGACAUGAUCGAAGGAAGAAAGCUAAAAAGUAAAGAUUACUUUAAAUGGAACUAUGAAACAGAUGAAGCUGGUAUUCCUAAAUAUCUUCCAAAAGAAGUAACACUUGAUACUUGAUGCAAAUUUCGGAGUGUUAAUUAAAUUUGAUUGAAUGUAUAGUUUUAUUAUUGGACAAAAUUCUUAAGAGUAGGACUGAUCCAGAAAUAGUUUUUUAGCUUGCAUUUUUUUAUGUAAUCAUGAAAGUUCUAUAACUAAUAUAAUUAGCUUUUU